AUGAGGUGUCGGUCCCAAGAGCUUCACAGCCCAAAAUCCGCUCAAGCUCUCUCGACCUUGUGCCGCCGUCUCACACAGAGCCCAAGCUUGAGAAACAUGAUCCGUGCCGCUGCCCUCUUUGCCUUCGCUGCCGUCGCGGUGGCCAACCCUCCGCAGUAUUCGGAACCUACGCCUGCGCCCUACACCACUAAACCCACUGAGUACACCCCUGUGCAGCCGACGCCCAAGCCAACUCCCGCACCCACGUACUACGUCCCCCCAAUGACUCCCCCUCCGCCGUUCGUACCUCCUACUGAAGACUCGUACGGCCCUGCACCCGAGCCAGCUUGCACGUCAACGUACAAGCCUAACUCAGCCAAGUACCUCGCGUACACGUGCUCAUCGUUGUACGCAACCGCGUCCAAGUGGGCGACCAACAACUGCAAGGCGUACUACCAAGUGACCGCUGGUUACGACGACAAGGCGUUAUACCAAGCGCAUUUGUGCACAUACUGGUCGCAGCGAAGUGUGUUCCGCGUUGUCACGUCGUGCUUCAUCGAAGCGCACUUGCGCAACGAAUUCAUCACCAAGUAUGGCAAGGACGGUCCGGGCAAGUGGUUCUGCAAGUACUCGGCCUUUGUCAAACAAGUCAAGGACUGCUACUCGUCGUCGCUGCACUAUUACCCGCUCGGAGUCUCGCUCAACACGUUGGAAAAGACGGUCGUGGCACUCAACCCGCCCGCCAAGGACACGCCUCCGUUCGAGUUUACGGGCGCGUCCGUCGCUUUGUGUGCGUACUACAACAAGGACCAAGUGUCCAACAAAGUUCAAUAAAGCCCACUUCAAACGCGCUUGGAGAAUUGGUUCCUGCUGCUACUUGUGUCGGCCAGCCAUGUCGUUCACCGUGGAGCCGUGCAAUGGCGGUUCGUCGAAGAUCCAAGUAUUUAACACGUUAUUGAUGUUUCCAGUUCAUAUCCUCCAAAAUAUACUCCAUUCCCUGUACCAGGUCUAUGUCGUGUCGUAGACGAGGAAUGCACCGCAGUCGAUCGUUCGUUGCAUGCGACGACUACAACGACGCCGAUGGGAUGUUGGUGGCGGGAGGAGUCGGCGCCACGACA